CUGCCGGCUCCCGCAGCCAUGGCGGCUCCCGGCGGGAUGGUGCCGGUGCUGGCGGGGCUCUACGUGGGCGGCGCGGACUCCUGCGCGUCCCCGGCGGCGCUGUCGGCGGCCGGGGUGGUGGCGGUGCUGACGGUGGACGCGGAGGAGCCGCCGGCCGUGCCGGGGCUGCGGGCCAUGCACGUCCGGGCGCGGGACGAGCCCGGCGCGGACCUGCUGAGCCGCCUGGACGAGUGCGCCGCGUUCCUGGGCGCGGCCCGGGCGGGCGGCGGCGCCGCGCUCGUCCGCUGCCACGCCGGGGUGAGCCGCAGCGUGGCCGUGGUCGCCGCCUACCUGAUGAAGACGCAGGGGCUGGGCUGGCAGGAGGCGCUCGCCGCCGUGAGGGCCGCCAAGCCGGACGCGCAGGUGAACCCGGGCUUCCAGGCGCAGCUGAAGCUCUACGAGGCCAUGGGGUGCGCCGUGGACACCAGCAGCGCGCUCUACAAGCGGUACCGGCUGGAGAUGCUCAGCCAGAGGUUCUCCGAACCUCAAGACUUGCCCCGAGAAGUCUUUGCAGUUGAUCCUACUACUAUAUGUCAAACUUUGAACACAGAGGUUCUCUACAGAUGCAGGAAAUGCAGACGUGCUCUGUUCCGUAGCUCCAGCAUUUUGUCCCACACGGAAGGAAUGGGACCCACAGCCUUUGCCCACAAGAGGAUAACAGAGUCUGCACGGCUUUCUGGGAAUGGCCAGGAAAAGUGCACCUCCUACUUCAUCGAGCCCGUGCAGUGGAUGGAACCGGCAUUGCUUGGAGUAAUGGAAGGACAGCUUCUGUGUCCCAAAUGCACGUCAAAGCUGGGCUCCUUCAGCUGGAGGGGGGACCAGUGUUCCUGUGGCCGCUGGGUGACGCCGGCCUUCCAGAUCCACAAAAGCCGAGUGGAUGAAGUGAGGACAUUGCCUGUUGGUAACUUCCAGACUGCCAAAACCUGAACUUAUCGCUUCACUUCAUGGAUUUCUUAACAUCUACUGAGAACUACUAGUCCAUGGUUGCCAGGAAAUGAGCUUAUGACUUCGAACCCUUUGUGAGGUGGCGAAAUUACUUGGAACACCUUCAGCUUGACGUAUCUCUUAAUAUAUUCUAUGAAAUACCAGAACACUUUAUUCAAAGAGGUGUUACAGAGUGGUCAAAUCUACAAAAUGGGCCAAGUGUGAUGUUUUUAGUGUAUUCUUCAUUUAUGGUGUUGCUGUUUACAGAAUGUCUCAACUCCUUAUUCAGAAGGAGUUGCUGUGGGCAGUAGUGCUGCUCAGCUUCUGAUCCAAAAUGCCAACUGCCCUCAAAUGGUACAAUUACAGUUGUUCUGCAUGCGUGGCAGCAAAAGGCAAACUUACAGUUACACUUUUAUUGUAUUAAAAGUAAUCCUAAAAAUACCUGCCCCAAGAGUAUUUACUACUUUGUAACGCUUUCAUGUAACGGGAUUGUGCAAACUCUAAUGGAAUAGGAGAACUGAAGUAAAGAGUCCAUGCCAAAUUACUGCUUGCAGUUUUGAAAAAUUCCUAAAGUGAUAAAGUAAUUUCUAAGCAAGCUCUCACCUUUUGUGAUGGGCUGCUGUGUACACCACUGUUUAGCAUAGGUUUGGUUUGACAUAAAAAAAAUAGGACAGAUAAAACCUAAUUUA